AUGCUGCUUCUAGCUUCAGCUUUUUUCCUAACACUACUGCAGUGCUCUAAUGCCCUAAACAAAACAAGCAUUACACCUGCAGACUGUAAUACUGUUGAAACAGAUGCAGGAGUGGCCCUGGAUUUGGUCAACAGACAUCGCAGAGAUGGCUAUGUUUUUGGUUUAUUCCGUGUUGCUGAUGCACACAAACAACAUAUAGGAAAUUCAUCAGUCGUCUACUUAACUUUGGAUGUGCUGGAAACUGAAUGCUCCGUAUUAUCCAGAAGACAUUGGGAAUCCUGUGAAUACAGUGACACCUAUGCCAUGGACUUUGGGCAAUGUAAGAUUAUCACAUAUACAAGCCAGCUGCUGAAGAAACCUCAACUAUAUGGAUUUAAUUGUACAUUAAGUCCAGUUCCUCCUGAUUUAUUAAAGUGCAAAGAUUGUCCUGUGAAAGUUGAAGUCUUGGAAGUCACUGAGCAACAUAAAAAUAUUGCUGCAAAGGCCCUGAAGAAAUUCAGCAGUGAGGGUAACCACACAAACUACUUCGACGUGGACAAAGUUGAAAAGAUUUUGAAGAUGACUGGCUCCCGUGAAGGUCACAUUUUAGGAUUCUCUAUAAAAGAGACCAACUGCUCCAAAUCUGCACUACAAGCAGAUCAGGCACUGGAAUGUGAUUUUCUGGAUGACUGGCACGCUCACGUGGGAUUCUGCAGGGCAAGAAUUAUCAGUGAUCCAGAAGAGCCUGACGGAACAGAUAUAAGCUGUGAAAUCUACCAUCCCUGGCAUGACUAUGGGCAAAGACGCAGACAUUCAACUCUGGGAGAGCCACACAGACAUACCCAUCAUCAUUUUGGUCACAAACAUGGACACAGACAUCAUCACAGACAUGGAUGCCCACCCUCUUCUCAAUCCAGACCUGAAGGCCCUGAGCAUAACCAUAGUUUCAGUGAAGAACAUCAAGACAGUCAUGAAGGACCUGCUCCUCCUCCUUCCCACCAUGGUGAACGACAUCACCACCUUCACCCUUCUCACCACUGUCCUCCACAUCACCACCCUCCUCCUCCCCACGAUGGGCCGCAUCCUCCUCCUCAAGAGGAACCAUAUCAUCCCCCUUCUCCUCCUCCUGCCCAAGAGGAACCACAUCAUCCUCCUGUUGGUCCCCAUCGUAGACCACACUGUCAUCUUUCUCCUCACAGACCACAUCACCACCAUCCUUCUCCCCAUCAUAGACCACAUCACCCUCCUCAUCUCCACCGUCACUAUUACAGACAUCUCUGCAACAAGACAAGCAUAUCGGGAAAGUACUUUCCAUUCCAAAUAACAGGAACUGUCUAUCGCAUUCCAGUUCAAAAUCAGCAGGAUUCUCUCACACCUCCCACUGCAAACUUUCCUGAGCUGUCCCAAAACAACUAUCACUACUCCAGCACUGGUGAGGGUAUUCCCUUCACUGGCCCCACUCUAAAGAAGAUGCCAGAAGUUCUAGGUUUUCCAGAUCACCCUACACAAUCAAAGUCAUGCCCAGGAAACCCAAAACUUGUCCUUCAAAAUAUUUUGCCUUUAUUUCCACAUAGCUCCAUGGCAAAAAAUUCUCCUACCUGA